GUAGUGACACUUUGUCUAUGAUUACCCCUUUCUCAAUUUCACCAUGCCCGACUUUUACCCUGCUCUUCGCAAUCGCCGCAACAACGAGCUCGCCCGUCUGGCGGAGGAGCAUCUGCAGCAUGACCUGCGCUCUGAAGACCGCGACGCUCUCACCACAGCCACACAAAAGGUCGCCUGGUGGACGACAAUUGGCUCAGCCGUUGGUCUCGGACUCGGUCUCUAUGCUGCUUUCCGUCUAAGAAGUUCACGCAAGGCCUUCUUCGAGGUUUUUCGCGCCCGCGAAAAGCCUACUCACGUUGUCUUUGCCGGCGGACGUUCUGAGCCUAUCCCAGAUAUCACUCCCCUGCUGAAACCCACCACCCUGGGUGAUUUCACCACCUAUUUCUUUGCUAGCGCGGGAGGGUUCUUCUUAGGCGGCGAACUUGGUUUCUUGGGAGGAGCUUGGAGUGGAAGUCGCUGCAUCACGGCGGAUCCCGAUCGAAGGCAGAGAAUCGAGACGGCCUUCCGAAAAUUCCGGGCGGAGGUACUGCGCAAGGAGGCGGACGAACUUGAUCGAGGGCUAGAUGUAUCCGAUCAGAUGUUUUGAUCGAGUGACAUCGUGAGAUGGGAGGAAUAAAAAAGGAUACGCUUUCUUGUCCACGAAUUUUGAGGAAGGCGACCCUACGACGGCUUGCCACCACUAAUAUGACCCGCUAUCAGUUGAUAUGACGAGCGAGACGAUUG